AAGACAAAAUGUAAAUCUGUGAUGCAAGAUUCAUAAUCAGAGGGAAGACUGGAGAAAGAAAGAGUGAGCGAGCGAGCGAGUGAGUGAGCGAGUGAGUGAGAGAGAGAGAGGUUGUGACAAAGGAAAUGAUGGUGUCAUGAGCUCUAGUACCUGUAUCCUAACUGAUUGUGUGGAAGCACAUCAAGUUUGUUGUGUUGAGAACAGAAGAGACCGACAUUACUGCACUGAACAGCGCUUAUGACCGUAGAGUACCCAACAAACUUUCCUUGUCAAGCAACUCUUCUCGUUUAAUUCUGCGGAAUGUCAGUCUCCGACAGCCCUCCAUCCUCCAGCUGCAUAUUUACACCCCAAAAUCCUGCCUGCACCUCUUCUGUCGGCACCCUGUCUCUAAACUCCAACUCCAGCGGACUGCCACUCAACGCCAUGGCCAAUCAGAUGGACGGAGGUUUCUACGGCCAGUCCAUGGGUCCUCAAGGGCUUCCUAAAUUUCCAGAUCCCCGGAACAUGGAGCAAAUGAUGGGUUUGGGUUACCUGCCCUUCUCCUCGUGUCUGACUUCCACAAACACUGAACAAGCGGGACAGCAGGGUCACAUCGCUCAACAGGAUUUCUCUCAGUUUCUCCUGCCGCCUCCUGCAGCGACCCUCCGUCAGUCCGGACAGAAGCGAGGCAUCCGUAAAGACAGCAUUGAAUAUCGCCUUCGCAGAGAGCGCAACAACAUCGCUGUGAGAAAGAGUCGCGAUAAAGCUCGCCGCCGCAUUCAUUUGACCCAGCAGAGGGCGCUGCAGCUGCAAGAUGAGAAUCAUCGACUGCAGCUGCACAUCCAGCGCCUUUCACACGAGGUGGAAACGCUCAAACAAUAUCUGUCGCAGCGCCACCUACAGGUCAAAGAGCAGGACAUGAGAGGAGAGGACAACUGUUGAGAGCUUUUGGACAGUGAAGGUCUUUUUAAACAACUCUCAAUUUCCUUGCGAACAUUUAUUCUGAUUGGUUUUCAGUUCAGAUUUUGCUCUGUUGUGUGUGUGUUGACUUAAUACAGUGUGAUUGUUCAUGCACAUCUGCUCUGAACAGUGGUCAGACUCUUUUUACAUACAUAUACAGUAUAUAUAUAUAUAUAUACACCACUAUGUCCACCAAUAAUAGGUGUUUGUGAAUUUGUUUGUUCACACUAUUUGGCUAUCGGACGAUAGUUUAAAAUCAGCUGCCAAUCAGGACCGAUAUUUGUCAAUCAAAAGCCGACACAAAAAUGCAAUGAAUUUGUGCUCCGUGUAUAGAAAAUGCUUGGAAACAACACCAAUUUAUGUUCAAUAUUAAUAGUCAUUAUGAAUUAUUAACAUUCAGAAAGUCAAGAAAUAUUCAAUUAUGUUUAGAAAAUUAGUUCAUGCAAGCUAAUAUAACCACUAAACUAUCGGUACCAGCAGGUAUCACUCUGAAUAAUCGGCUAUAGGUAUCAGUGGAGAAAGGAAUAGUAUUGAUGCAUCUCUUAUACAUAUAUACUAUAUUGAAAAAUAAAUAUUGAUUACUGGGACUCUUUGAAGUAUCAGUUUCUCUUCUCCCAAACCCUAUAAAUAAUCCAAAAUGAGACAAAACACAUUUUCUAUAAUCUACACAAAUAGUUCUCUUAAAUCUAAAGUAGGUGCAUAUUACUUUGAGCGUAAAGAUGUCUGUUCUGUUCAUAUUAGGAAGCCUUAUAGAUUGGGAAUCGAGUCUGUAAAGCAAUAUUUUAUUUGAGUGUUUUGCAUUUUGUUCAGUUAAAUCUUGAAGUCUUGUAACACAUCAGUCGAUUUCCAAAUUGUUCAUGUCAACUUCUCUUCACAGACUAUUUUAAUACAAAAGAAAAUCUCCCAAUCUCAAAUUGCGUUUUUUGAUAUUUUAUACAGGCUCGAGUUUAACCGCCAAUCAGCAAUUGAAAUGUUGUCUUUGGCUAUUUGUAGAAUCCGCCCCCAAAGUCUGCAUUGAUUGGAAAUGGUGUUAUUGGCCAACACGAGAACAGAGUUACAUCUUUCCUCUCUUCAAACGGACACAAUGACACGGUUAUACACGGUUAUUUGAGUGGGAAGGGUUCAUGCCCAGUGCCCGUGGGACGGAUGAGAUUUCAACACUUUGUGGGACAGUGAGCUGGUGAUAGAGAGCUCGAGUCUUCCUGUGGCUUCCACUGCAGGCGCAGGAGAUACUGAUAGUGAGUGAUAGUGGAAGUGGAUGAACUUGCGUGGCUUUAUCUCUCGUGGUGGUGUGGCAGCGGGGUAUCUAGGUGUAGCGGUGUGUAACAGCAGAUGACUGGAGCUGAUUACACAGACCUGCUGAAGCAGUGAUGGGGGGAAAGUGCUGUAGAUGAUGUGUCCACCGCAGCCUGAAAACGUGUCCAUUUGUUGAUUCACAUGAACGGCGCUGAAGAGUUUGUGUGUUGUAAGUUGAGUCUGUGGGGUAAUCUGUGGUCCAGGGCCUGAAAUCAGGCCACAGUAUUAAGAAAGAGUGUGUUUCAACUGAGUCUGUUAUGCAACACAGAGCAAGAGAACAGGCACAGAUCCCAACACCGCUCAUCAUCAUCAUUAUCAUUCACGUACACAGCUUUUCAUUACAGAUGAUAGAAUCAGAAUAACAAAAUGAAUGGAAUGUUUUGAAUAAAAUGCAGUUUAUUUUAAUACCCA